AUGGCCUUUUAUCCCCUGCAGAUUGCUGGACUAGUUCUUGGAUUCUUCGGUUUGGUUGGGACGAUUGGGACAACACUUCUGCCUCAAUGGAGAGUGUCAGCUUUCGUUGGCAGCAACAUUAUUAUCUUUGAGAGGAUCUGGGAAGGGCUUUGGAUGAACUGCAUCCAGCAAGCGAUGGUCACGUUGCAGUGCAAAUUCUAUAACUCCAUACUGGCUCUCCCUCCGGUACUGGAAGCGGCACGUGCGCUCAUGUGUGUGGCUGUGGCGCUUUCCUUGAUUGCCCUCAUUAUCGGCAUCUGUGGCAUGAAACAGAUCCAGUGCACGGGCUCCAGUGAGAGGGUUAAAGCCUACUUGCUGGGAACCUCAGGAGUACUCUUUAUUCUGACUGGUAUCUUCGUUCUGAUUCCAGUGUCCUGGACCGCCAAUAUCAUCAUCAGAGAUUUCUACGACCCAAACAUCCACGCAGGGCAGAAGCGAGAACUUGGAGGAGCGCUCUUCCUUGGAUGGGCAACCGCUGCGGUCCUCUUCAUUGGAGGCGGGCUGCUCUGUGGAUAUUGCUGCUGCAACAGAAAGGAGCGGUGGCGCAGAUACCCAGUCCCUGCAUACCGUGUGUCACAACAGGAAAACCAAAGGAAGGUUACUGUGCCUAGAAAAACUUCCACCAGCUACGUCUAA